CUGCUGCUGCUGCUGCUGCUGUGGGGGCUGACAAGUCUGACUCUGGUUUGCUUUGCACCACGGAAUACAAAUGAGUUCCUGCGAAUUCUUGAGUGACUCGGGGGGGCUGCAGGUCAUGAGUGAAGACAAACGGGCGCGAUAAGAGCAACGCGAGGGGCUCGUUUGUGGACCAAAUUGCGAUGGAUGGCCAGAAACCUGCUGAUCUCCACCUCGGGGAAGCCACCCACUCUGACAACUGACCGCUGUUAGAAGAGGCUGCAACUCUUGCGGCAGGAGAUGGACGCGGGGAUGUGAGCCCUGUUGUGUCUGAGGGUGACAGACGGACUCCACUCGCGGCAGAACGCAGUCGCUCUCCAAGGUCCUGGAAGUACAAGCGCUCUGCUCGCACCGAGCACGAGACCUGCCUCCUCGAGCUUCUCGCCUCUGUAUCAGCCUUUUUGGAUGCUCUCUACUACCCUUGGAUCUUAACACCGAUGUGUGCGCAACAAGACUGUCAGCGACCAUCAACCUGACUCGGGAUUUCUUUUUCUUUCCUGCAUCGAACUGCGAUAUUCUGUCGAAGAGGUGAGUUUCCCGAGGAUAACCAUGACGCACAGCGACUUUUGCCUGGAUAUGUUCUUCUUUUUCACUGCAUAGAGGGGGAAUACCACCAAAGCACGAGCAUCGCGAGCCAAAGGGGAGGAUUAAAGUCAAGUUUUCAUUGCAUUCAGCUCAAGUCCGGCUGCUUCUUUUGCCACCUGGUUCCGGACUGACCAGCGAUUUCAAGGCGAAGUGACGAUGAAGAUGAAGGUGAUAACGGAGCCGCCGAGGACGGAUCCGCAGGGGAUAACGCUCGUCUGAGGAUGAAGCCCGUGCGUUUUUAUGAAAUGUGGAUAUCGAUGUCGCGGCGAAGGAUGGGGCCCCUCCUCCCGGCCGCCUGCGUCUGGCUCCUCGCUCUGAGUUGCGUGUGUCCGGCCUCGCUCUCGAACCCGGAGGAUUACGCCGGAGACGAGGCGGAGCGGACCGCAGGUGACAACAUGAUGUUUGACGACUACCGGGGGAAAGGAUGCGUGGACGACAGUGGCUUCGUCUACAAGCUCGGGGAGCGUUUCUACCCGGGACACUCCAACUGCCCGUGUGAGUGCACGGAGGACGGGCCCGUGUGCGACCAACCGGAGUGUCCCAAACUGCACCCCAAGUGCACCAAGGUGGAGCAUAACGGCUGCUGCCCGGAGUGCAAGGAAGUGAAAAACUUUUGCGAGUAUCGAGGGAAAACCUACAAAAUUCUGGAGGAAUUCAAGCCGUCGCCCUGCGAAUGGUGCAGAUGUGAACCAAAUAGCGAGGUGCACUGCGUGGUGUCAGACUGUGCCGUGCCAGAGUGCGUCAACCCUGUGUACGAGCCAGAGCAAUGCUGCCCCAUCUGUAAAAACGGUCCAAAUUGCUUUGCUGGAACAACGAUCAUCCCAGCCGGAAUUGAAGUCAAGGUGGACGACUGCACCAUCUGCCGCUGCCACAACGGCGACUGGUGGAAGCCGGCGCAGUGCUUACGGCGGGAGUGCCUCAACGGCCAGACUUUGUCAUAGAGAAACCCGCCGGGGACGGUUCUACAGCUCAGGCAAGACCCUGCCUACUGCACCAUUUUUGUGUGAUUGACAGGGCAGGAGCACAAUUCCUCAGCGACCUGCAAAGCGCGACAGAGAUGCUCUCACAAGCUUCACACGAAAUACCGAAAUAGCCAGUGAGACAAUCGAACUGGCUUGUGUUUUAAUCAUCCGUAUAUUUUCAGAGGACUCUGCUUUACUCGCUGCUCACACUUCACCGAAGUUUCUACGCUUUCUGAGCUCUUUCCAGGCCCCGUCGGCAACGUGACUCGCUCACGAUGAUUUCGGCGUGUAUGUCAUCGCCUGUCACACUCCAGUCAGUGUUGUGAAGUUCCAACAAACUGCAAGUGCGCAAGGCUUUGCUUUGUUGUCUCGCAAGGUUUGACGCUGUUCAAAGCGACGCUGUUUCGCUCCUCCACCUCAAGAGCUUGUUUACAAAACGCACAUCACACUAUCGGUGUCUUCAUCAGCGUUUGUUUCUAAUCACUGUGACAGGAACUCGACACUCGCAGACGGAGGCAUCCACGCGAGCGUCUUUUGUUUUUAAAACUGUGUAUAAAGCGUCUGAACUUUCAUCCACAAGAGAGCAAAAGAUUUGUCAGUAGGCAGUGGGGAUCACUCCACACAGGGCGAGUCAGAUAAUGGAUGUUUUGACUCGUUGAUUUGAAGCGACCAAAUCACAAAAACGAACGCUGUUCUCCAUAUUGUCUUUUUUAUAAUAGCGACAUCAUUAUUGCCAGUUGUUUGACUUAAGAAUAAGUCAACAUACUUAGUCAAGACUCCUCAUCCAUUCUUCACGUGAGCAAGUUUGUCACAGUCUUGUUCAGUUAGUCGAGACAAUCACCUCCUAAACGGACUUGUGACGACCAAGAAUUAAAGCUGACUGUUGCCCAGUCAUGUGCAGUGGGGCCCUCGAUAGCUGCCAAAGUCAAAACAUGGACAUUAAAGCUUGUUCACCGGGACCCACACAGUAGUGUGACUCGGUGGAAAACCAGGCAACUUUUCAACAAGCAAUUCUGUUCCUCUAACAAUGUUUGGGCAUUCAAGUAGAUUCCGAGACUCAAGGGCCACAUCUAGCUCUAGGACCUUCAUAUAAUUUCAUGAUCCAUAAUGCACUGCCAUAGUUGAAGCUCAAACAGGAAGUCACCUCCACAAAACACACCACUUGCUGAUCCUGUUCAGACUCGCAGUUUGGACUGUAUCUUUGGUUUAGGACUAUAGAGAUCAAGUUUGGCAACAUCAGCGUCUGCAGCGCUUUAGUCUCUUAAAUAUUUAAAUAUUCCAAAUGAAAAUUGAUAUAAAUCAGAGACAAGAUGUCGACCCUUUGCUCACGUCGUGUUUGUCAUUAAAAAAAAAAAUGUAGACUACAAUAAUAACACUUGUUCUUUUGAUUCAGGCAUUGUUAUUGUUUUGAUUCUCUCCGAGGUCCAUUAUUCUCCAAAUAUCCACAUCGACGAACCGCUUGAACUUGAGCUAUUAAGUAAUUAGCGAGCAAAGCGCAGCCAGCUUUAAUUUCCUUUAAUCACCGAGUAUUGUGCGAUACAUCAUCGGGCUGAGUGUCUGUCCGCUGGGCACCGCGGGUGGAGGACAAUAGAGUGGCAGUCCCAUUCAUCCACCGACUGGUGCAUCUGCAGCCAGUCGGCCCAUUAGGACUCAAUACAAGGCUGUGAAUUCAUCGGGCUUCCUCUUCGUGUUUUCUCUUCGACGACUCAAUCUGGCCAGUGUUCCGCCCGCGUGGCCCGCGGUUUAACAGCCAGACAAGCUAAUGUAUCGUGUUGAUAUUUUCUCCCACCACAGUCCUCCCCUGACCCGGCGGCACAAUGGAAAAGCAGCCGACCGGCUCCAACAACGCGGCACUUUUGUGAUGAUAAAUACCAGUCAUUAAUUCAAAAGGUGAAUUCCAGUGCGGUGGCGUCAUUCAUCAACAGAAUCCCUUCCGUUUCCACAAAAUCUCGUCCUGUUAACCUUUUGGACCCCAGUUUCUGGGCGGUGAUGGAUGAGCCGCUGGGGAGCAGAGUCGGGGAGCAGUAAUGAGACAGGAAUGAAUACUGGAAAGCCACCCAUCAAGACAGAUUUUUAAACUCUUCCACCAUCUGUCACGCAACUUUGGCGGAGAGACACGUGAAUUAUCUAUUGUUCGUCUCAAACUUCUACUAACAAGGUGCUACGAAGUUUCAGUCGCUAACAAACAACCAGGGCUGGCUCGGAGUGUCCUGAAAUUCAUCUGAUCACAAGUGAGUCAUCGCCUCUCGGCAUCUCUCCAGAUUAAAAAUAUAGUCAGGUUAUUCCGAUCUGGGCUGAAUUCAGAGGAGUUUGUCACUUGACUGUUAUGAUAGUUUCACUUGGCAGUUAAAUUGUGGCUGUGUGAGAACAAGAGGGCGUGUCUGCAGACACUGAGAGGUUUGUAGCAUCAUGUUGACAAAUAAGUUCCUGUAAUAUUUCCAAUAAAAUCUUCACACCAUUUGUGUGAAGUGACAAUUUUUAGUGAAAAACAAACUUGACAAGGCACCUGCCUUGGUUUAGCUAGAGCACUGCGGCUAAGCUCCAGUUGGUAACGCCAUUUUUUUCCCCAUUUUUAGCACUGGCAACAACCAAAAAUGCCAUCCCCACAGAGAUGAAGGGAAUAAGUCAAAUCUGGGUUUGACUUUGGAGGUCCCACUGUCUUGUGACACCGCUAACAAUAUAACAAAUACUGACCAAUAAUGUCGCUCAAAGGCAGGACAUCUGAAACUAAACACCGAGUAUGUUGUCACCAUGUCUCCCAGUAUCAUCUGUGAAAGUGGUCAUAAUGGAUAGACAAAUUUUGAAGGGGAAGUUAUAACAAGUCACGUGUUGAUGAUGUCACUAGUACUGAAAUGAGUGUCUGACUCAAUAAAUAGAAGUUAUUCAUCGUUCAGAUGAGUUUAGGUCUCUCUCCUUCACCUCGACCCACCAGCCUGUAGAGUUUUGUAAACCCCCACCCGUCCUGACCAUGAGACACAGACUCACUGUAGCAGGAAAUCAUUUGUUUAACUCUCCUGAGAAUACGAUUUUCAUUAGCAGAACUGUUAUAUUUAAUGUGUGCCUGAAACCACUUGGACCAGAAAAAGAGAAACACUGUUAGGAUACUGUUUGUUUCUUUCAUGGAGGCUUUGUCUGACGUCUGAUUCUCAACAUGUCAUGAUUGUAUCUGAGGGAAGAAGUCAUCGCUGGGAUGUUGAAGGGACCCUCCGUGCUGCUCAUGUUGUUAAUAUGUAAAUAUCUCCAGACGUGUGUAUUCUGAAACAGAGGCCCAGGACGCUGAAGGACACGUGUGUUAUUGAUCAGGACACAAAACUAUUUUGUUAAAUAGACUUGAAAUGAAGUGUUAUUGGGAAAACAAGAGUCUCGAUGUUUUUUGUGUGUGUCGUGUCUUUGACUCUUUCCUAAAACUUAGCGUAUGACAAGCAAGCCAGUUUUAGUGUUUUGGCAGAAACCAAGCUAAAGGUUAGCAUAGUUUUUUAAGCUGUUACCACUGGAGAAAACCAGCACUGAUUUCUUCAGACGAGAUGGAAUAUGUUGGACCAUUUUUACCAUGACGGGACGGCACCAUUUUUAUAAUAACACUGACAAAAACUGAGUCAAUGUGUGCGAGAGUUGACGACUAAAAACAAGAAUAAAACGUUUUGCAAGAAAUAAAAAAAUAAUCAAAACCUCCCAUCUAGUUUUCGUUUACCACACAAGACAAAAAGCGACACAUUUGUGCCGACAGAAGUAACCUACAAUGACAUGUCCUUUUGCUGCGCCUUUGUGGUUUCAAACAGAACUGCAUGCAGAAGGAGGGCGGCAGUAGGUCUGCUAUUUCAGUUUCCGCGACAUGGAAACCAUCGUGGAGCUUCGCCAUGCCAGCAAAAUAUGAUCCCUUUAUUGAAGACGAAAGCUCACAUGAUGAGAUGUAUUAAAACAAAGCGGACACAUCGAAACAUGCAUCAGGGAACAUGAACUUGAUCAUGGACAUUUUCAGUGUGUCUUCAACGAAAAAACUAUACUAUAUGACAAAACUGCAUCCGCAGCUGUUGCGCGUCCAGCCAGACAAAUGAAGAGAGGGACUGGGUGAGGACGGCUGCAGAUAGGAGCGGGAUUUAUUUCACAUGAUUAAAAGCUACUGUUACUGUUGUAACCAAUUCAAUAAAUGUUCAAACUUUACUUUGGUUUAUUUAUUUCAGGGGGUGGUUAAAAAAAUACUGGCAAAAAACCUGCAGUUUAAGUUCGUAUUUUCUAUAAACCUGUUGAUGGUCAACUACAAAAGUAUAGCUUUAAAGUUUAUAUCAUUUAACACCAACUUAAAAAGUUUCUAUUCAAUGUAAAACAUAAACAAGUGUAUCAUUUAUAAAUGCAUAUUAAGUCAUCAAAACAGUAAAGUUGCAUUGAGAAUUAAUUCAAUUUAUUCAAGAUGCUUAUUGCAGAUUAUUUAAGCUGUGGAGCAGAAGUC